CGGGAUACCGGAGCCAUGCACCCACCGUGUCCCUCCUCCGCUAUGCUGACGCUUCUUGCUGCGUUCCUGGCCGCGCCAGUGGUGCAGGCUGAGACCCCGUACCUGGUGCGUGUGGACGCAGCCCGCCCUCUGAGGCCUCUGCUGCCCUUCUGGAGAAGCACGGGAUUCUGCCCCCCACUGCCUCAUGACCAGGCUGACCAAUACGACCUUAGCUGGGACCAGCAACUGAACCUUGCCUACAUAGGUGCCGUGCCUCACAAUGGCAUCGAGCAGGUCCGGAUACACUGGCUGCUGGACCUCAUCACAGCCAGGAAGUCAUCUGGGCAGGGACUGAUAUACAACUUUACCCACUUGGAUGCAUUCCUGGACCUCCUCACGGCGAACCAACUUCUUCCUGGAUUUGAGCUAAUGGGCAGUCCUUCUGGGCACUUCACGGACUUUGAAGACAAGCAGCAGGUGUUUGAAUGGAAGGACCUGGUUUCUGUCUUGGCCAGGAGAUACAUCGACAGGUAUGGACUGACACAUGUUUCCAAGUGGAACUUUGAGACUUGGAACGAACCGGACCACCACGACUUUGACAACGUGUCCAUGACCAUACAAGGCUUCCUGAAUUACUAUGAUGCCUGCUCUGAGGGGCUGCGCACUGCCAGCCCCACUCUGCGGUUGGGUGGCCCUGGGGAUUCCUUCCACCCCCCGCCGAGGUCACCACUGUGCUGGAGCCUCCUGGGUCACUGUGCCAAUGGGACCAACUUCUUCACCGGUGAGGUGGGAGUGCGCCUGGAUUACAUCUCCCUGCACAGGAAGGGCGCAGGCUGCUCCAUCUCCGUCCUGGAGCAGGAGGUGGCGGUUGUGGAGCAGAUCCAGCGCCUCUUCCCUGAGUUCAAGGACACCCCUAUUUACAACGAUGAGGCCGACCCUCUGGUGGGAUGGUCACUGCCACAACCCUGGAGAGCGGAUGUGACUUAUGCAGCUCUGGUGGUGAAGGUCAUUGCACAGCACCAGAACCUGCUGUUCGCCAAUAGCAGUUCCUCUAUGCGCUAUGUGCUCCUAAGCAACGACAAUGCCUUCUUGAGCUAUCACCCACACCCUUUCUCCCAGCGUACGCUGACUGCCCGCUUCCAGAUCAACAAUACUCGCCCACCCCAUGUGCAGAUGCUGCGAAAGCCAGUCCUCACAGCCAUGGGGUUGAUGGCCCUGCUGGAUGGAGAACAACUCUGGGCAGAGGUGUCCCAGGCGGGGGCUGUGUUGGACAGCAACCACACAGUGGGUGUCCUGGCCAGCACCCAUCACCCUGAAGGCUCCUCAGAGGCCUGGCGUGCCACAGUCCUGAUCUACACUAGUGACGACACUCAAACACACCCCAACCACAGUAUCCCUGUGACUCUUCACCUGCGUGGGGUACCCCCUGGCUUGGGGCCUGUCUAUGUAGUACUGUACCUAGACAAUCAACUCUGCAGCCCCUACAGUGAGUGGCAGCACAUGGGCCAGCCAGUCUUCCCCUCUGCAGAGCAAUUCAGACAUAUGCGCACGGUGGAGGACCCAGUGGCUGAGGCACCACGUCCCUUCCCUGCAGGGGGCCGCCUGACCCUACACCGGAAGCUUCCAUUGCCGUCACUCCUGCUGGUGCAUGUGUGCACACGCCCUCUGAAGCCACCAGGGCAGGUCAGCCAGCUCCGUGCGCUGCCCCUGACGCGUGGACAGCUGGUUCUGGUCUGGUCGGAUGAGGAAGUGGGCUCCAAGUGCCUGUGGACAUACGAGAUCCAAUUCUCUCAGAAGGGUGAAGUAUAUGCCCCAAUCAGCAGAAGGCCUUCUACUUUUAAUCUUUUUGUGUUCAGCCCAGAUACAGGUGUGGUCUCAGGCUCCUACCGAGUAAGAGCAGUGGACUACUGGGCCCGGACAGGCCCCUUCUCAGACCCUGUGACUUACCUGGAUGUUCCUGCCUCGUGA